AUGAAGUUCUUGCACAAGACUCUUGAGAACUUCAAGUCUUGUUUCUCUCCGGGGUACCAAAAGCUUCCCAAAACAGCUCCUCAAAAUCAUUUCUUGGGCAUGGACAACAACAACCCAUGUUACAAGGACUUGGAAAAGUUCUACAGUGACUUCACCAAACAAUGGGAUUCCGAAAAGGAGAAGGGUAGGCAAAAAAGCAAGAAGAAAGGCAAAGAGGUACACCAUGAAAGGUUCAUUGGAUUGAACAUUACAAGGCAUGAGCAGAUGGAGAAUGACGAGACUGAGAAAAGAGAGGAAUGUGAGAAGAAAAGGACCAAGGGAUUAACCAAAGAAAGGGUGAAAGAGAAAGAUUCAUCUAUCAAUUUGAUGAAGAGUAGGAGGGUAAAUGGAAAUUAUUGCAUGGUGGAAAAGAAACUUAGAGAAAUGGAGAUGUUGGAGAUGAGUGAUGUGGAUUAUGUACUUGACAUUGAGGAGGUUCUGCAUUACUAUUCUAGACUCACAUGCCCCGUGUAUCUUGAAAUUGUGGAUAAAUUUCUGAUGGAAAUGUACUCUGAGUUCUUGGGGGGUCCUGUUUUUACACCUCGUACUCAAGGCUGA